AUGAGUGGACCUAAAGACGACCCUUACAGCUCAGGAAACGGCGAAUUGCUCAAGGACACCAUCAGAUACGAUGAUCCCACUAUCACCAAGGCUCUGGCUACCCACAAGGAGUUCUGCAAGCAUGUCUAUGACGAAGACUGUGUGUUCUGCAACAUCUCAGGAAACCCCUCCACUGGUUUCAAAACCGUAGACUCGCCCGACUCGCCGCUCAUUUUCUCCUCAAACCAUCUGGUAGCAUUCCUCGAUAUCAUGCCUCUCAUGUCUUCCACCUGUCACAUUCUGCUCAUUCCCAGAGCCCAUGUCAAGACUCUAGAUCUGCUCGGAGACCCCCGAUUCCCUCAGGGAAGUCUGCAGUCUGAGGGAGCUACCGCUUUACUGAAGGAGAACAAAUUUGGAAGCACCAAGGCCGACAUUGCAAUGGCAAUGGGUCUAGCCAUCCCCAUCAUCUCUCGAGCCAUGCUGGAGGUCUUGGGCUGCACCGAUUUCAACGUAGUGCAGAACAACGGCCAUGGAGCCGGACAGGUGGUUGACCACGUGCAUUUCCACCUGAUUGCUCGAAGACCACUCAACACCAAGGAUGCCGAGCAGGACGAUCUCAGACAGGCCGUCAAGGGCGUCACCAACCACCUCAAGGGCGAAAAAUCGCCUUUUGACGGCAUGGACGCGCUCCCUCUGCGAGCUCGGCUCGGAUACACCUCUCAGGUAUUCGGCCGAAACCUUAGAUCGGACCUCAACCAGGAAUGGGCCCAGAAGACAAUCCCCAAGCUGAGAACCAAGAUCUCUACCUUGCUGGCACAUGCUGCCUCCACCCAGGGUAUUGACAUUUCCGCUAAGUUGUAA